AUGGUGGCGGAUGGCGAUGCGCUCAUCAACUUGGCUCACAACUUCUUCUUUGGUGAUGCCCUGCUCCUCGCUGCCGGCUGCCAGGUCUGCCCCACUCAGAUCACCCAACCCAACAAUUUCGUCCUGGGGGACACCUUUGAUGUGCUUGCCGGGAAGUGCAACACUGCUGCAGCAAUUGGUCUGCGAGAUAUCUCAGUGGCGGGGGCGGGCAAGGAGGCGAGGGUGAGUGUGGCGGGCAACUGCCUCACGCUCAGUGCGGACGCGGAGUGCGCAGCGAACGCCACCCAGCGCAGCACGGCAGCCUGCCAGGCGUUCUGCAGCAUCACGGACAAUGGCCCGUGUGACGGCCAUGGGGAGUGUGUGCCGCCUGCCCCCGCCUCCCCCUCCAACUUCACCUGCCUCUGCCACGCCGGCUACUCUGCCCUUGACUUGGGCAACGGCUCCACCUGCGCUGUGGUCAACUCUACCACCACCACUGUGUCCUCGCUAUCAACGGGCGCCAUAGUGGGCAUUGCGGUGGGCUGCUUUGCUGGCUUCGUUCUGCUGGCUGCUGUGCUCUCAUGCCUGCUGUGGCCCCGCGGACCAAAAGUGGGAGGGGCUGGAAGUGCAAUGAAGAAGAUGGAGGAGUAUGCACUGGAUGAGCUCAAAGACAGCAAGCUGGAAGCAAGCGAGGAGGCCAUAGUGGCAUUUGCCGACCUCGCUUUGGACUGCGUCAAGAUGCCGGGCACACGGCGGCCCGACAUGAAGGCUGUGGCUCACUCCCUCAGCGCCCUCAUUGACAAGUUCUGCCCGGACAAGGAGCCAUGCGAGUUCGUGGAAAACCUGUCAUUUACAGGGAGCGAAGUCAGCCAGUCUGGGGCUCUCUCCAAAAGGUCUAUAGCGUCUGGUAGCCUCAAUCGGAGUGGCAGAUUCCUUAGUGGCCUUGGUUCCACGUUCCGUGGUCUGGGCAGCUGGGCGCAGUUUCGAUUGUCAGGAAGAUACUAA